CUCAGGUUACAUCUGGGUCAGCCACGACUCCAGGGCCCAGCAGGGAGAGGAGGAGCCAUGCCAGACUGACGCGAGGCCUCUCCUGCGGUUCCUCCAACAUGGACCGGGACCGUCUGGAACGCACCGACAGCACAGACACCAACGCCAGCUCCGGCGCUCGCAGAAACGUGGAAGGGGAGUCCCAGUGUCCGGACACGGCGCCGCACAAAGACAGCUCCUUCAGCCAGUCGCCUUAUCUUCACGGCUCAGAGCGCUACAGUGACGGCGCCAGCAGCGCUGCUGUCCCCGCCGCGUCCAGGGGCCCCGCCAGCGUGGUGACCUCCAGCUCGGCCAGCUUGGCCUGGGCGCUGCGCACCCGCCACCAGCCGGCGAGCCUGGCCCUGCGCAAGCAGGAGGAGGAGGAAAACAAGAGAUGCAAGGCCCUCUCUGACAGCUAUGAGCUCUCGACGGAUUUGCAGGAUAAGAAGGUGGAGAUGUUGGAGAGAAAGUAUGGAGGCUCCUUUGUAAGUCGCAGAGCGGCCAAAACCAUUCAGACGGCCUUCAGACAGUAUCGCAUGAAUAAGAACUUUGAGCGCCUCCGAAGCUCUGCCUCAGAGAGUCGCAUGACGCGCCGCAUCAUCCUGUCCAACAUGAGACUGCAGUACUCCUUUGACGAGCGACAGCCUCAGCAACAGGCCCAGACGCAGACCAGCUUCACCCACAGCGUGGCCAUCGGGCCUCCUCAUUCCCCGGAUCCUGACCGCUCUGCAGACUACACCCAUCUGGAGGACUCCUUCUCCAAACAGGUCAAGUCCUUAGCCGACUCAAUCGAUGACGCCCUCACCUGCCGCGCAGGCCGCGAUGACUCCCAGGAGGGCAGCAGGGAGGGGGGACCCAUCAGUGAAGACUUUGGAGAGUGCAUGUGGAGCAGCAGCAGCAACCCAUCCUCCCAAAGAGGCUUGGGAGAGAGAGGCAGAGGAGCUGGGGGAGGACUCAGCAUGCACGGUGACAGUACUGCCACCUCUUACAGCGACGUCACUCUUUACAUGGAUGACGGGAUGCCAUCUUCCCCGCUGUCCCUCGACCGGGCACCCAGCAGCACAGAUACAGAGUACUGGGGCCCCGGCGUUGGUGUUGGAGGCCGUGAGGACAGCAGGGAUACCGAAGGAGGGGGCAGCAGCAACAGCCGGCGCAGCACCCCAUGCACAGAGUGCAGAGACUACCGACUCAGGGGGGCCCACCUGCCUCUUCUCACCAUCGAACCACCCAGUGACAGCUCAGUAGACAUGAGCGAUCGUUCAGACCGAGGCUCCCUGAGCAGACAGUUGGUCUAUGAGCAAGAACCCGGGGUGGGUUCAGGCUCCCCACAGGGAACCCUCAAACACUCCCCGAACUCAGGACCCACCCGUCCUCCGCGGCAGCUGCCCAGGGUCAGACCAGGCCCCCCGCAGCCACCCACCACCCCUCUGUCAUCUUCCUCCUCGACAGCCCUUCCGCCCGGUGCCCUCGAGCAGCCGUGUUGCUCGGACGGAGAUAACGACUCCCUCAACUCCACCACUAAUUCCAACGAGACGGUCAACUGCAGCUCUGGCUCCUCGUCUCAGGACAGCCUGCAGGAGCCUCUUCCUCCUCUGGGCAAGCAGACGUAUCAGAGGGAGAGCCGCCAUAGCUGGGACUCUCCCCCCUUCAACAGCGAUGUGGUGCAGAGACGUCAGUACCGCAUUGGUCUCAAUCUCUUCAACAAGAAACCAGAAAAAGGGAUCCAGUACCUGAUAGAAAGAGGUUUCGUAUCGGACACUCCUGUUGGGAUUGCCCGCUUCCUCUUGGAAAGAAAGGGCCUCAGCCGGCAGAUGAUAGGCGAGUUUCUUGGGAACCGACAGAAACAGUUCAACAAAGAUGUUUUGGACUGUGUGGUGGAUGAGAUGGACUUCUCUGGGAUGGACAUCGACGAUGCUUUGAGGAAAUUCCAGGCGCAAAUUAAAGUUCAAGGCGAAGCCCAAAAGGUGGAGAGACUUAUCGAGGCUUUCAGUCAGAGGUACUGUGUGUGCAAUCCGACCCUGGUUCGGCAAUUCCAGAACCCCGACACCAUCUUCAUUUUGGCGUUUGCCAUAAUCCUCCUCAACACGGAUAUGUACAGCCCCAACAUCAAAGCGGAGAGGAAGAUGAAACUAGACGAUUUCAUCAAGAAUUUGAGAGGUGUGGACAAUGGUCAGGAUAUACCGCGGGACCUAUUGGUUGGGAUCUACCAGAGAAUACAGAAAUGGGAGUUACGGACCAAUGAUGACCAUGUAUCGCAGGUGCAGGCAGUGGAAAGGGUCAUCGUUGGCAAGAAGCCUGUGCUGUCCCUUCCCCAUCGCCGUCUGGUGUGUUGCUGUCAGCUCUACGAGGUGCCUGACCCCAACAGACCUCAGAGGACAGGAGUUCACCAACGAGAGGUCUUUCUCUUUAAUGACCUGCUGGUGGUAACCAAAAUCUUCCAAAAGAAGAAAACCUCAGUCACGUAUAGUUUCAGACAAUCUUUCCCUCUGGUUGACAUGCAGGUCCACAUGUUUCAGAACUCAUAUUACCCUCACGGCAUCCGCCUGACCUCGGCCAGCCUGGGCGGAGAGAGGAAGGUUCUUAUUGUCUUUAUGGCACCCAGUCAGCAAGACCGCACCCGCUUCGUCAGCGACCUCAGGGAGAGCAUUGCUGAAGUGCAAGAGAUGGAGAAAUACAGAGUGGAGUCGGAACUGGAGAAGCAGAAAGGUGUGAUGAGGCCCAGCUUACUGACCGGCACCAUGGUUGGUGGAGGCGUAGGUGUGAAGAGCGAUGUUGUGAAUGGCACCUUGGGAAGGACGAGUUUUGAUGACAACUGCUCAGUGGGUGAGGGUCUCAAGCGCACGGCGCUCAGCUCAUCUCUCAGGGACCUCUCGGACACAGGGAAACGUGGUCGCAGGAACAGUGUUGGUUCUCUGGACAGUACAAUGGAAGGCUCCAUCAUUAGCAGCCCGCAGCCUCACCAGCGCUACCCAGUGCCAGGUGUGAUGCCCGGCUGCUAUGGAACAGAAGACUUCCGGCCUCACCGCCCCAUCCUGAGCCCCGGAACGGGGGUGGGGGGUGGGCCGGGGCAGCAAAUUACCACUGCUGGGACAGGAGUUGGGGGAGUCUCCAGCAGUGUAGAGAGAGCGGGAGUGGGGGGCGGCCCUGGGGGGAGCAGCAGCAGCAACAACAACAGCAGCAGCAACAACAGCGGCUCCUUCCUGGGUUCACUCUUCGGCAGCAAACGCGCCAAACCACCAGGGCCCCUUAUUCCACCGGGGCCACCCUACCCCGCACCUGUACCCCCACCGACUACUGGAGGACCCCCUCCUCACUCCCCUUCAUCCCUAUGCCAGCUGGAGGGGGGGGCUUCCAAGAUUCAGGCACUACACGCACAGUUCUGUCACGUGGGCUCCAUACAGCCUCCGCCACCGUACUACCAUCACCAUCGCUUCCACGUCCAACCCGCGCCCCCUCCUUUGCAAGGCGUGCCCCCGCAUACUCUACAGAGAGGCCCACUGCCCUGUCGUCCUCCGGUUGGUCCACCGCACGUCCAGCACCCGCAGCUGGCCCAUCUCUCCCAGCUCUCCCAGCAUGGGCUUCAGGGUCGCUACACCAACAUGGUGGUAGGAUGUCCCCCCCCUCUUUCUCCUCUCUCCCAACACUGCCAGAGCCAGCAAUUCGCCCUCUACCACGUGCAGCCUACACAAUCUGCCAGAGGGGUCGGCGGCCCAGGUUCCAAACCCCCACUAACGUUGUCUCUUUCCCAACCCCACCCUCACGCACACUCCCAAACCCACCCCAGGCACGCCCAAACGCCGCACCCAACCAGCCAUUCUACCCAUCAAGCACACUUUAUAUUCGGCACGCUGCCCCACAACCUUCCGUCCGCCUCCGUCAGUGCGCAUCACGCAGCCUCCGCCGGCCCCGUAUCUGCCCCAGUACCCUCCUCUCUCCUCCAUCCCCCCUCCCCCACCACACUCCCCUUUACCCCCCCCUUCGUCCCCCCUUACCCCUCUUACACCUCUCUCCCCUCACCCCCCCCAGCACCCAGGGCAGCCUCAGCAGGGGCCGCAGGUGACAGGGGCUGGAUCAACAGGUACGGUGGGCAGCUCCAAAUCCAAGCCUAUCAACCGGAUAAGUACCGUAGUGUGAGCCGGACGUGGAGCUCCAGGGGUCACCGGUUGGAGGACAGGUGCGAGGAGGUGGGCAGGUCGCGGACUCGAAGCAAAUCCGCCCGGACAGAAAGCAACAGCAGCAGCACUGGCGACAAGAGGAAACGCAGGCUGCUCCGUCUCUGUUACUUUCACCUCCGCUUCCCACAUAUGUAGGUGGAGCUGGUGAGCACAGCUAGAGGUAAACAGCUUGUGCCCACAAACCUGAAGAGAAACAAAAAAAAAAAAAAAAACUGCACACACAACACGAGUCCGCAUUACUACUUUUGCAACACACAAUCAAAAAAGUCUAUAGCCAUAUAAUUUAAGAAGAAAUUAAAUCUAUAUCUGAGUAUAAUGCUUAAGUUUUACUUGUUUAAAGUCAUGAAGUAUGUAUGAGAAUAUUUUCAUGUACAGUACCAAGAUGUUAUAAUGUGACACUGGAGAGUUUAUGUAUCCACUGGCUGACACUGGGUUUGUAAAUAGAGACUAAAGCGCCAAAAGCAUUCCAGUUGUAGUUUUGCAUUGAAAGGAUAAAAAAAAAAAAAA